UAAGUAUUUACCCUGAAGACAUAACGUAGAGACGAGAGUCGAAGACCGCCUCUGCAUUCUGCAACGAACGUUGAGAGUAUGAAGAAGCAUCAGGUUAAUGGGCAUCUUCACGAACCCAUCGUCUCCUUCCUUUACCAGAGCUCUGCACAUCAAGGACCGCUUUCUUCAAAGCUUCGAUUCCCUCAAGCAGCUCAAGCAUGUCCACUCCCAACUCAUCCGCAUCGGCCUCGACCAGGAGAACUAUCUCCUCAACCUGCUACUCCGCUCUAGCUUCGACUUCAAAGACACCCGCUACACCCGCCUCGUGUUCCACCAGACCCACCAACCCAACGUCUUCCUAUGGAACACCAUGGUUCGUGGGUUGGUCUCCAUCGAUUGCUUCAAGGACGCCAUCGCCUCGUACGCUUCGAUGAGAAGGGAAGGGUUCUCUCCCACGGGAUUCACUUUCCCCUUCGUUCUCAAGGCCUGCGCCAGGCUUUUGGAUUUCCGGUUGGGGUUGAAGUUGCAUUCCCAGGUUGUGAAAUUGGGCUUCUGUUGUGACGUCUUCGUCAACACCAGCCUGGUGAGUUUGUACGCAAAGUGCGGGUACAUUGAGGAUGCCCUCAAGGUGUUCGACGAUAUUCCGAACAAAAAUGUUGUGUCUUGCACUGCUAUAAUAACUGGGUUGAUUGGGGUUGGUAAAUGCAGGGAGGCAAUUGACAUGUUUCGGAAGUUGUUGGAGAUGGAUUUGGUCCCCGAUAGUUUUACUCUUGUACGGGUGCUUUCUGCUUGUGCUGUAAUUGGUGAUCUCAAGAAUGGUGAGUGGAUAGAUAGGUACAUAUCCGAGAGCGGAAUGUCGAGGAACGUGUUCGUAACCACUUCGUUGGUGGAUUUCCAUGCUAAGUGCGGGAACAUGGAGAGAGCACGGUUAUUGUUCGAUGAAAUGGGUGAGAAGGAUAUAGUUUCAUGGAGCACCAUGAUUCAGGGCUAUGCUUCAAAUGGGCUGCCCAAACAGGCACUGGAGCUUUUCCACAACAUGUUGGACCAUGACUUGAAACCAGAUUGCUUCGCCAUGGUUGGAGCUCUCAGCGCUUGCGCCAGGUUAGGAGCCUUAGAACUAGGUGAAUGGGCCAGCAGUCUGAUGAACAUAGACGAGUUCUCCAUCAAUCCUGUUCUGGGCACUGCGCUAAUCGACAUGUAUGCUAAAUGCGGGAGCAUGACUAAAGCCUAUGACGUCUUCAAAGGAAUCCGAGCCAAAGACAGAGUAGUUUGGAAUGCUGAAAUAUCGGGUCUCGCCUUGAAUGGCCAUAUCCCUGCCGCAUUUGCUGUAUUCGGGCAGAUGCAGAAGUAUGGGAUUCCACCUGACGGCAACACCUUCGUCGGCUUGCUUUGUGGCUGCACUCAUGCUGGCCUAGUCAACGAAGGUCGUCAGUAUUUCAACAUCAUGGUUAGAAUUCUCUCCCUGGCUCCUACAAUCGAGCACUACGGAUGCAUGGUGGAUCUUCUGAGCCGUGCAGGGUUACUCGACGAAGCCCACCAGCUCAUAAAAAGCAUGCCAAUGGAGGCAAAUGCUGUCGUAUGGGGAUCCUUAUUGGGCGGUUGCAGGCUGCACCGUGACACCCAAUUGGCGGAGCAUGUCCUGAAGAAGCUCGUGGAACUAGAGCCUUGGAAUGCUGGGAACUACGUCCAGUUGUCGAACAUAUAUUCUGCAAGUCACAAGUGGGACGAUGCCGAAAACGUGAGGUCGUUGAUGGGCGAGAGAGGGAUGACGAAACUGCGAGGGUGCAGUUGGAUCGAAGUGAGCGGUAUCGUUCACGAGUUUCUCGUGGGUGACACAUCACAUCCUUUAUCGGAAGGCAUCUACUCCAAGCUUUCCGAACUGGACAAGGAUUUGAGAGCAGCGGGGUAUGUUCCUACGACGGAGUAUGUGCUUUUUGAUAUUGAAGACGAGGAGAAGGAGCAUUUCCUCGGAUGCCAUAGUGAGAAGCUUGCUGUAGCUUUUGGGCUGAUAAGCACUGGUCCAGCGGAGGUGAUUCGAGUGGUGAAGAACCUGAGGGUAUGUGGUGAUUGCCAUGAGGCUAUUAAGCUGAUUUCUAAGAUUACUGGUAGGGAGAUUAUAGUUAGGGAUACAAAUCGGUUCCACUGCUUUUCCGGGGGGGCCUGUUCUUGUAAAGAUUACUGGUGAAUUAUAAGAUAGGAUAUCUUAUGUUACCAUCUCAUGAGACAUUUGUUAAUCGGAGAAACCACUCACAGGUAAUUAAUUCUAGCUUAACUUGUACCUAGCUGGUGUGUGAACAAGACCAAUGGCCGUCUGCAGAUUUUUCAUAAUUGGGGGGGGGGGGGGGGGGGGGGGGGGGGUUGUUCGUUCUGGCCUUAAUCUUCUGUGGACUUGCCCCAACUUGGAAAAUGGGAAGCUAUACAAUUGUGGCGACAGCUUACCUCAAUCACAGCUUUCCCUUAUACUCAUUUUCCAUUCCUUAAUAAGUAUUCUAUGCGUCCCAAAUUGUUGUUUCAGCCUUUGGGUUGUCCAUUUUAGAUGUAUGAUACUGGUUGCUUUUUUCGUUUAUGAUCUUUAAUAUGAUGCACAGGCUUAGAACUGAAACGUUUUGUUUGUGGAAUGACAUAGCUUGUUGAUCCCCCUUUUAUUCGUGGUCGUGGGUUAAAAUUUUGGGAGUGCACAACUCAUCAAUUCUAUCGAUCAAUAGUUGACAGUUCAUUAGGUAAGCUAAGGUCGCUCCUUCAUUCUGGUCCUGCUGUUUAGUAGUCGUUGUUUGUUUCUUGUUUUCUUCUGCGAUGGACUUUAGUUAGGUUAGUUUAUUGAUGUAUCAAUGCUGAUUAAGAUAGUUUUUGUUCUAGCUUGAUUAGUUUGAAAAUUCUUCAAGACUUGGCCGUUUUUGUUUCGUAUUGAUCUGCUCCUCCUAAGCUACUUUAUGGCUGUUAGUUACCUUUAUUUAUUCUUCUUAGCCACCUUUAUAUCGAUUCAUGGCUAAAUGCAUAGUCUACAGAGAGAAGGAUGGAUUCUUCAAUAGAGAUCAGCUUUCUUUCAUCCAAUGCUAUUUUUGCAGGGCGCUCUCCAAUGACUUCGUCUCUCCGUCACAAAUCUAGAGCCCUGACAGACCAAAUAGCCCCGGCAUCUUUGUGGAGAAUUGACUUCUAUGCAUUACUGUGAUGCUGAAUGACCAGGGCACGCAGAACUCUCUUCAUUAUGGUUCUCCUGUUGCUUUGCAGGGCUCGGUUCACUGAUAUCGUCCUUCUACGAGUAGAAGACAAGGGUUUUUUUUUUUUUUUUCUCUCAUGUCAUUCGGGGGUGUUUUCCUUAUAGUCGAUGUAUCAUCUUGUUUGCUAGUUUUGCAGGGGUCGCUUCACUGAUGAUGUCUUCCCAUGAGAAAAGUUUUGUGAUGCAAUGGCUUUCCCUGGAAACAUCAUGAAAAUAGUUCAUAAGGGUUGCUUUAGGGUAUUCCCCUUGGUUUCCAUGUAGCUUCUUCUUGUGUAGCUUUGCCGGGCUUGGAAUGGAAUUUGGAUGAUUCCCUCACUUGUAUAGGAGAAAUGGAUUUUUGGUUCUAUGAUAUCUUGAUUCUUGCUGUACAGUAGUUACUUAGAGCAUAGAAUGCUGAAUCAUUGUACUGAUGAGAGCUCUUGAAGUGUUCAGUGUUGUAUAGCAAGUAAUUGGAAUGAGAAAGUACUCUUCACUGAAGUUCUUAGCUUUCUAGAAACGAAGUUCAUGGCGAUCUCGACGACUCAGCCAUUGUAAUGGCG